AUCAAUAACUGGAUGUUAUGCCGGAAUCAUCUGGCAACAUCGUGGAGAUACACAACUCCCUAAAGGCCUCUCUGGGUCGAGGCCAUUCUGAUCUUGACCAAGAUGUUGUGGCUGCAUCAAAAAGGGUCCUGCUUGAAAAUAUUGUAUUUCAGCCUGCUUCAGCUCCAUACACAAUGCAGCGUGAUGCUUUAAAAGCAAAAUAUAUUUCUUUGAAUCCUGUACCAGUGAAAUGGGAGGGAGAAAAAGCACAGCAGCAAAAGGAGCAAACCAGUAAGUGUAUUUAUACUUAUGUCAUGACCCAAUCAGGCAGUCACCAACACCGAGUAGAGAAAAAAACCACAUACAAUUUUUUUCUUUAUGUUAAUAAAUGAUACAAAAAUGUAUAUUAAAAAACUGGCUCUUAAGAAGAAAUAAAAAUAAUUCAGAUUUGACAUAAAACAUUUUUUGAAUAGAUGUGAUAAAUCAAUUUAAAAACUAAUAGAAUAAGAAUUUCUUCGGAGUUGUAUUUUCAUAUUUAUAUUUGUUACAGUCUUUGUGCCUCAUUUAGAAUAAAAAUCUUCAACUGUCCAAAACCAACUUUUAAAAUUUUUUUAACUUCCUUUUUUUUCUCCCUUGAAUUUAUAAUCCAAAAUCAAUUUUUUUUUAUUUCUUAACAGUUAAAGCAAUGAGCAGUCAAUCCAGUAUAGACAAAAAUGGGAAUGAUGAUGGUCUCCCAACACCAAAAAUUAUUCUUUUUCCUGAGGAGAAGGUUAAAAUGGAAUGGACAAGAAUGACACGGAUUGGUGCUGGUCUAGUGAACAUGGGCAAUACAUGUUUCUUUAACUCUACCCUCCAAUGUCUUACAUAUACUGCUCCACUCGUCAAUUACUGUUUAUCUAAUGACCACAGAGAAAAAUGUAUGUUGUACAGAAUACUAUUAUUUAAUUAAGGUUAUAAAUAUAAAUGGAAUAUAAAUAUCUACUCAUGUUGUGGCAAUGUUUAUAUAAAAUAUCUUCCUCAAAAGAUAUUGUUGAUUCUGCCUGAAAAUAAUAUUCUGUUUUCAACCUUAAAAGUGGAAAAGAGACUUAAACUUAAAUGUGUGGAAUUUCGGCUAUAUACACCCUGUAAUAACCAACAAAAAAAAGUUAAGUCUUAUAAAAGCAGGGGGAAAAAAAAGAAAUCUUGAACAGUAUUAAAAUCUUUAUAGCAUCUUUUGAAAAUAAGUUUUAGCCAGAAGUAACUACGUAGUGGAAAAAAUAUCUUUGAUAUCCAACAGACCUGUUUACCCUCAAACCCUUAAAAUCGUACAAUAUCAUCAUAUAAUCGUUCAAUACAUUCUCUUUAUAGAGCAAAAACGUGCUGUAUAUAUAAUGUAUACACCUCAAAAUCGUACAUUGUACGCCAAAAUCGUAAGAGUAAACAGGUCUGAUCCAAUGUAUUUUUAAACGAUAAUUUAAAUUCACAGGACUUGUCGAUAUCUUCUUACUCAAUGUUUUCAUCAAAUAUAGCUCACUAAGAACGAUGAUUUUUGUAGCUGCCUAUAAUAUUACAUAACACUAAUGACUAAUGUUCAGUAUGGUUUAUAUGUGGUAUAAUAUCAACAAAAAAUAAAAUGCCUAAGUAUAACGUCAGUCUAAUAAUAGUGGACAACAUUUAAUAUUUCCUUUUGGGAUAUUCUGCAGGUAAAAAGAAAGAGUUUUGUAUGAUGUGUGAAAUACAAAGUCACAUCAAAAGUUCCUUGGAUUGCGGUGGGAGAUCAAUAAAACCACACUCUAUGCUUCAAAAGUUAAGAUGUGAGUAUUUACUUCAGAAUGUUUGAAAAUCUCUAUAAGUUUGGUUUUAAUUGAAGAAAAUAAGCCCAUAAAACUGUAAAAUGACUGGGGGGAAAAUAUUGCUGUAUUUUCUAUAAAAUAUUUUAGUGGGGCAAUGUUUGCAAUCAAAAAAAGCGUAUGACAUAAUUAUAAAUAAUAUGAUCCUUUGAUUUUUGCUAUCAUAGCUCAAAAUUUAUUUUUUGUUAUUUAAGAGUGUUUAAAACAAUUACAAAAUUACUAGAAAAUCAUUUGUUUCUUCUCACCAUACCUUAUAUUUCUGUGCAACUUACAACUCUUUUGUCGAAUAAUAAUCACUAUUUUUAUUUAAGUGUUCAUUUUAUCCAUUUAAGUCCAAUUUUGUGAUAUCCUUAUUGUUACCAAAUAUUAUAUGCAUGUGACUUGGCCCAGCUAAUAAUUGUUUACACCUACUCAUUUAUUGUAUCCAUGAUGACAUUUCUAAUCCCAUCACCUAGUAAAAUUGACAAUUGUUCCCCUCACACUCCGCUGUAAUAACUUUGUUCAAUGCAUUAAAAGGUCAAGGAUUAAAAAAUAUGUCUCCCAAACUGAACCUGUGUUUUGUGAUUUUAAAUGUUAAAGUGUUAUAACAGCUGAUCAUUCUGUGGUGUUGCAGAAAUGUAAUCAUCUACCAACUCUACUAAAAUAAAUCAAAGUGGCAAUGCGCACCCGGGUACCAGAAGUGAGAGGUUGGGAUUAAAAAACUAUUUAAAAUAUUAUUGUUGGGUUUGUAAGACAAAAUGAUGUAUCACAUGAAAGAUAAUGAAUGGACAAUAUGUUUGUAAACUUACUUCUUCAGUUUAACUAAAAAAAACUAUUGCAAAUGAAAUCCGAAUAGCAUUGGUCCAAUGGGACCCGGGUGCGAAUGGCGGCGAUGCGUGUCCGGGUCCAUUUUGUCAUACAAACCCAACAAUGAUAUUUUAAAUAGAUUUUUAAUCACAACCUCUCACUUCUGGUACCCGGGUGUGAAUAGUCGCAGCCAAAAUAUAUAUUAUAAAUCUGAAUCAGAAGUUUUACUUGAAGGGGUGAUAACUAUAAUAAUAUUCAUACCAUAUGAUUCCUUUUCUAAUUUACUCACAUAACAUCUAUACUUAUAUGAGUCUCUGGAUUCUUUUUAAAUUAGUUUUGGUCAUUUUAGUGAUGCCAAAACAUAUCAAAAUUAAUUUUUUUUUUUAAAUUUUGAUACCACAGCACGUUUGCACUUGACAAGAAUUUAAUUUAUUAUAAAAUAUUACGUUAACCGAUUAUGGUUACUUUCAAAAGUAGUUUUGUAUGUUUUUGUUUAUCAGCCAGAACUAAAUGCAUUCUGUUCCUUUUAGGUAUAGCUAAACACAUGAAAUGGGGUCGUCAGGAAGAUGCCCAUGAAUUUUUGAGAUUUGUGGUUGAUCACCUCCAACAGUCUUGCCUGAAUGGAGAGAGCAAGUAAGGAGAUAGCUCGAACAUUCAAUGGAUGUUAUAAAUUGCUUAGUUUGUUAUUUUAUCUCUUAUUUAAACAAAAUAUAUUUACUUAAUAACUAAUAUUAAAUGAUUUUGAGAACAUAGUAAAAUGUAUUAAAUUGAUUUUAACUUCAACAUUAAUUAUAUUAACAGACUUCGUAAUAUUGUUUUCUACCUAUUUUGUUUACAGCAUUUAUACAAUAACUGUUAUUACUGGUACUUUCAGGCUUGAUCAGCUGAGUAAAGAUACUACUGUCAUUAACCAAAUAUUUGGAGGGUACCUAAGGAGUCAAGGUAAAUCCAUUAACUUGAUUAGUUUCAAAAUUCUAGGCAAAAAUCAUGUAAACCUUUUAAAUUCAACACAGUAUCCAAUCUGGCAAUGAAAUGUUUAUUUCAAGCCUUAUAAUCAUAUUCAUCAAUUUCAUUAAAAAAAAUUAGACUAAAUUUAACCCUGGAACUGUGGCAUGCAUCAUUCUGUGGUGUGGAGCUUUUCAGAGCUUUUUGAGUGCCUUUUGAAAUUGCAUUGUAUAACAUAGAAAUAUUGAUGCAAGACCCCAAUGAUUAUAUAUUUUUAGAAAGUUAAAUGGAUGGGGAUCAAGUUGGCCAUAUUGCCCACCCAGUAAAAAAAAUUUGCUCAGUGUCCUUGACCUUGGAGUGCUUAAGAAAAUAAAAAUUGACAAAAUGUCUUGCUUUCAAGUGCUCAUAACAUCAUUAAUUUUUUAUAGAUACACUUAAAACACAAAUGUUGUAGCCAAUUCAUUUAUCUUUCAGAAAAUGUAUAGUUUGCUAAGGUUUUGAUUACAAUUUAACCUCUGAAAUCAACUUUAGUAAUUUUUGGUCAUUGAUAUAAAAAAACAGGGACCACAGCUAAAACAAAGUACAAAAUACAAAAUCUCAGUGAAAAUAGUUAUUAUUGACUAGUAAACAUUUAAAUAGGAACUGUGGAACUGAUUUGGGUUGUAAAACUAUAAAAUUUAUUAGUUCUUAUCUAUAAUCUGUAGCUUUUUGAGAGCGUUUUGAGUGCCUCUUGAAAUUGCAUUAAAUGACAUUGAAAUAUUAAUACAAGACCCCAAUAAGUAUAUAUUUUUAGAAAGGCAAAUGGAUGGGGAUAAAGUUGGCCAUAUUGCCCACCCCAUAAAAAUUUUUUUGCUCAAUGUCCUUGACCUUGGAAUUCUCAAGAAAAAAAAAUCGACAAAAUGUCUUGCUUUCAAGUUAUCAUAACAUCAUUAAUUUUUAUAGAUUCACUUACAACACAAAUGUUGUAGCCAAUUCAUUUAUCUUUCAGAAAAUGUAUAGUUUGCUUAGGUUUUGAUUGCAAUUAAACCUCUGAAGGCAAUUUUAGUAAUUUUUAGUCAUUGAUAUAAAAAACUGGGACCACAGCUAAAACAAAGUACAAAAUACAAAAUCUCAGUGAAAAUAGUUAUUAUUGACUAGUAAACAUUUAAAAAGGAACGGUGGAACUGAUUUGGGUUGUUAAACUAUAAAAUUAGUUCUGAUCUAUAAUCUGUAGCUUCUGUGACUAAAAUUCAGUCAGUCCUUGCGGAACCUCCGGGCCUGGCUCGAAGUCAAACAGUAGCCUCAGUAAGCCUACUUCAGUAUCACUAAGACUAGUAUCAGAUUCACGAAAAGAAUAAUCUGAAGUGAGAUAUCAUGGGGAAUGUUAAAAUCAUCAUCAGUAUCACUUAAAUGCUUUAUUAAAAAGCUUUCAAAAAAAAUUAUAUCAGUUCUUGCACUGAAGGCCCGGCCAUAGCUUCCGCCAUUUUUGCUUUUUAAAAAACAGCGAUAUAAAAUUCCAAUUAAAAAGCACUUAUUGUUAAGUUAUCAGGAAACAGCUUGAUCCGGAAGUUGAUUUAAUUAUUAAUAAAAGGACAUGGCAACGAUUUUGGUUAUUAUUGGAUUGGAAGUUGCUAUCGGACCGUGUUUUUUAUCGGCUGCCACAGCAAAAAAAAAAAGAAUAUCUGCCGAUUUUGUCGGCCGACCACAGUUCGAGGGUUAAAUGGUUAUACAAAAUACAUUUUUUCUGCUUUCAAAACCCUCCUUUUUUAAUGACUCCUUUCUUAAAACAUGAACUAUGCAUUUGGGAAAUUUACAGUUAAUAAUAGAAGUGGUAAGGCUUUGAACCCCAAAGACACAUAUUCGGCUUUAGUUAGUUAUACAUAGACAUUGCAGUGCUAAAUAAUUAAGAUAUAAUUAUUUUCUCCUUUAUAUAUCAGCUAGUUGUAACCUAUCUUCAAAAAUAUUGAAGAUGGAAUGACUUUCUAAAUAACUUUAUUUUUAUUUAUAAAACUUUGAUUUCUUUUGUUGUGCCUAGUAUUUUUACAAAAUAUUUGCAGUUCACAAUUAGAAAUUACAGUUCAGAUGUAUCAUGAGUAUUAUUAUGAGUUUGAAACAUGACAGAAUUCUAAACCUUUCAGACUUCAGUUAAAACAUACAAUAUUUUAUCUACUAAUUCUUCAGUGACUUGCCUGAGAUGCCAUGCUAAGUCUAACACAUUUGAUCCCUUCAUGGACAUAAGUUUGGAUAUAAAGGUGAGUUGAUUAGUGGCUCUAUUCUUUCUUAACUACUGUUAAAUAAAAAUUAAAACCAAAUUAGUUAUUAAUGGUUUUGAAAAGCAUUUUUAUUUAUGGAUGGAAGAUCCAAAGAAGUCAAGAAAUAUGUAGUUGUCUGAAGACCCAUCCACAUUGACUGCAUUUAAAAAAGGCAGCCUGUGCUGGACAGGACACCUUGAUAGUAUGCCAGAUCAUAGAGGAGCAAAAGUAUUUUACAGACUGAAACCAAUCAGCACCCGGCUGACCAAAACUGAGAUGACUUGAUGUGGAGACAGAUUUACAUUCGAUGGAGGUCCACGUAAAGCCUUGGGAUGUUGUGGACCAGCAGACCAGAGCCCUACAUAGGCUUUAGCACCGUUGAGGAUAUAUUGUAUCAUUAAACUCCAUCACAAACACAGUAUUUUAACACCAUUUUUAGAAGACAAAGACGGUUUUAUUUAUUUUCCUUUGCUUGGCAAAUCUCUUAACCCACCUUGUUCCAGAUAAUUAAUUUUUAACUUUCACUUUAUCAUAACUAUAAACAGUUUCUCUAGCCAAAAAUAAAUCAUUUUUAGUGUUCAUUUCAAAUUUAUUGGCCACAUUUUGAAAAUUGGGCUAUGUAUUUUCUGUAAAGCUUAUAAAAUAUGAUGUCAGAUUGGCUUGUCUCAUGGUUAAAUGAAAGCAAGCAACUAAACUAUUUCUGCAAUGUGCGGCAUUGUACAAAAGAACAUUAAAAGUUGUAAAGGUGUAUGUUCUAUAUAAUUCAUGCAUUUUCUGAAAAGGUUAAUUAGGAUUGAUUAGUUACAAUGUUUGAACAAAAAUUAUUCUAGGGUGUUAAUACAGUAGAAGAUGCCUUGGCAAAGUUUGUGAAACCAGAGACUUUGGAACAGGAAAAUGCUUACAAAUGUCCUAAGUAAGUUAGUUCAUUAUUUUGUUCAUUGAUGUUGAAUACGUUGAUGUUAGACUCAUUAUGAGACUAUUCAAUGCAUGUCGAAGAUUUCUAAAUUUCUUGUGGGUUCUUUGUUCCGCAGACUUAUGCUUUGACCUUAUUAAAAUAAAAAAAUGUUAAGUUUAAAUUUGUUAGUUUAAUGUAGAAUUAUUUUUUACUACAUUAUUAGAAUGUUGCUGAGUUUAAAAUUUAAUAUUAAAGGGAACAUCAAUAUGAUAAUACCAGAAAAUUUACCUAUAAAUUUUUUUCAACAGCUGUAAACACAAGGUGCGGGCACAGAAGCGAUUUUCUAUCCAAAAGGCCCCUAAUGUUUUAACUCUCCAGUUGAAUAGGUAAAAAGAUUGAAAUUAAACAACACAAAAAUGCAAAAUUAAUUAAGUAAUUAUCACAUUUAAAAACCUGUCAAUGGUGAGAAAGCUUUUUUAAUUCCUACAAUUCGAUGGCCCAUCAUUAAAAAAUUCUGAAAUGCUAACCCUUGUAUACCAACAACAAAAUUAAAAUAAAUAGCUAAAAAUUAGAGGUUAAAAUGGAACCAAACAAAUGGGUUAUUUGAGUUCCUCUUUCUGGUUAAACAAAAUUAUUAUUAUGGGCUUCUUUUGACAAAAAUUUCUAUGAAGGUCCACUAUAGUUGCCUCAUUUAUAAUAAACCCCUCGAUCUUUCAAAAAUAUUUUAUUUAAAUGUUGUUUAGUUUUUAUAAAAUAAAACUGUGUCACUGUUUCAUUUUAGAUUUGACUUUCAUCGACAUCUGUCAGGAAAAAUUACAAGAUUCAUUAAAUAUCCAGAGAAAAUUAACUUGAGAAAUUACAUGAGUCAAAGACAGGUGGGACAAAUUCUGAGCUAUACAAUUUUUAUUCUUAAUGUAUAUCCAAAAGGUCAUUGAAUUUAGUAAUACAUUCUCAGAUUACUUUCAUAACUUUUUUAUAAAAAGUUCCUCUUGACAAGAUCUAUAUGUUUUAUUAAUAAAAAAUUCUGUUCUUAUUAAAAUAUAUUAUUUUGAACUGUGCGCUUUUUAAUUUUUGGAAGUCAAAUCAUUUUAAUUUUGUAAUGGAAGUUCAAAUAAAAGACAUCACUUGCAUAAUUAAAUUGGAAAAAUGUAAGUAAUAAUAUUUUUUUAAUGAAUAUCCAGGAUGAACCCAUUUUGUAUCACUUGUAUGGUGUGCUGGUCCACUCUGGUCACAGCAGUGAACAUGGCCAUUAUUACAGCUACGUCAAGUCCCCUAGUAAAACUUGGUAUUGCAUGAAUGAUUCAGUUGUAAGUAUCAAAACAAGAAGUAAAAUAUAUAUUUAUGUGAGCAGGGUAGAUUAAAAUCACAAUUUAAAAUAAAAUGAUAAAAAAUCAGAUUUUUACAUUUUAAAAAGGAUUUUUGAGUAAAAUAAUAUAAAAAAAAAAUUGUAAAAUCUUAAUGCAAUCCUUUAAAAGGAUUUUCAUAUUUUUUAUCAAAUAAUUACCUUAAAAUAAAAACUUAUAAUCAACGAUGGUCUUAAUAUUAUAGUAUAUAUCUCUUAUAUAAGAAUUUCAAUUUCACACUUUUAAAUUAUCAAUGUCAUAAUAGUGUCAUUCGUCAAUGCCAUUUGAUUCCACCAAAACCUUCCAAUUAAACAGUUUGAAAUGGAAUAACUAUUUUUCAAGCUUUCUAAACCUUUAGUCCAUAUCUAAUUUCUAAAACUAAAAAGUUUAAGUGAAUAAAUAAAAUAUUUAUUAACCCACGAACUGUGGCAUGCAUUAAAUUGUGGUGUGGAGCUUUUCAGAGCGUUUUGAGUGCCUCUUGAAAUUGCAUUAAAUGACAUGGAAAUAUUAAUACAAGACCCCAAUAAGUAUAUAUUUUUAGAAAGGCAAAUGGAUGGGGAUAAAGUUGGCCAUAUUGCCCACCCCAUAAAAAUUUUUUUUGCUCAAUGUCCUUGACCUUGGAAUUCUCAAGAAAAAAAAAUCGACAAAAUGUCUUGCUUUCAAGUUAUCAUAACAUCAUUAAUUUUUAUAGAUUCACUUACAACACAAAUGUUGUAGCCAAUUCAUUUAUCUUUCAGAAAAUGUAUAGUUUGCUUAGGUUUUGAUUGCAAUUAAACCUCUGAAGGCAAUUUUAGUAAUUUUUAGUCAUUGAUAUAAAAAACUGGGACCACAGCUAAAACAAAGUACAAAAUACAAAAUCUCAGUGAAAAUAGUUAUUAUUGACUAGUAAACAUUUAAAAAGGAACGGUGGAACUGAUUUGGGUUGUUAAACUAUAAAAUUAGUUCUGAUCUAUAAUCUGUAGCUUCUGUGACUAAAGUUCAGUCAGUCCUUGCCCAACCUCUUGGCCUGGCUUGAAGUCAAACAGUAGCCUCAGUAAGCCUACUUCAGUAUCACUAACGCUAGUAUAAAAUUCACGAGAAGAAUAAUCUCAACUGAUACCUUCAUGGGGAAUGUUAAAAUCAUCAUUAGUAUCACUUAAAACCUCUCCUAAAAAGCAUUCAAACAUAUUUCUAUCAGUUCUUGCACUGAAGGCCCAGCGAUUGCUUCAACCAUUUUAUCUUUUAAAAAACAGCGAUAUAAAACGCUGAUUAAAAAUUAUUUAUUUUUAAGUUAUCGAGAAACAGCUUGAACCGGAAGAUGAUUUAAUUAUUAAUAAAAGAAAGUGGCUAUAAUUCCGGUUAAUUUUGGAUUGGAAAUUGCUAACGGACCGCGUUUUUUAUCGGCCGUCUCAGUACAGAAAUGGAAUGUCAGCCGAUUUUUUCGGCCGAUCACAGUUUGUGGGUUAAUAUAAAAAACAUAAAAUCGUGGAUUCAUAAUGGAUGAAGAAAAUAUAUUUUAUUUGACAUCAAUUAUACAUCAACGCAAAUCUAAAGUAAUUUUUAGCAUCUUUCAAUAAAAAUAUAUUAGAAUUACAGAUUAGAAUUACAAUUAAAAUAAAAAAAAUUAUCAGACCCAAAAAAAUGUGAUUUUAAAAGUAAAUCAAUGAUUUAAAUAAUCUCAAUGUUAUGUAUGAGAUUGUGUUUGUGAGUUAUCUGCAGUUAACGCCCCAGCAACUAUUGUAAAAAAUAUAUUUGCUGUAUCAUUUCUCUUUUAUAUACUCAUAACCAAAUUUUUAUUUUCCUUAGCAUUUAUAUUUAAGAAAUACUAUUUCUUGCCUUUCAGGUUCACCAAGCAGCCUAUAACAAUGUGUUCAAUGCGGAUGCUUAUGUUUUAUUUUAUGCACGUAUUAAGACCAACUCCUCCAGUAAUGGGAUGCCUUCUGCCUAUAGUGGUGCAACUCAAGUGAAAGGGCCUUCUUCACCCUCUAAGGUGUGUUAAAAGAUUUGGGUUGUUUACAUUCCUUUCUUUUGUUUUAAAACGUUUAUUUCUUAAUAGAAUUCAAUAACCUUUUCAAUGCGUUCACUGAUACUUAAGCAAUAACUUUUAACAUUUCUCUAGGUGCCAUUCAUUGGACCAACACUACCAAAUCAUUUGAAGCCAGGAACUAGUUCAACAAUAAAUGGGAUUCCAGGUAAUGUUUAACAUGCAAUCUAUGGCAGGUUUUUCAUUUCAAAAAUAUUAUCUUUUUGAACACCCUUUUCCCCUUCCCCAAAUAAUAUUAAAGAAGCUGGUACCAGUACUCACAACUCUCAGUUUCUUUUGAGGUAGGGUCUGUUUGUGUUAUGAAAAGUCUGCCUUAUUAAGUGGAAAUCAAGUUGUUCAUGGUGACUUUUACAGACCUGUUUACUCUUACGAUUUUGGCGUACAAUGUAAGAUUUUGAGGUGUAUAUAUUAUAUUUAUACUGUAUGUUUAUUUUGUUACUAUUAAGAUAUUGUAUUGAACGAUUUUGUGAUGAUAUUGUACGAUUUUAAGAGUUUAAGGGUAAACAGGUCUGCUUUUAUUGCUUUGACUGCUGGGCCUCUUGGUCCGUGUUAAACCAUGUUCACCAAAGGUCUGCUUUAGCUUUGCCAGUCUGUUGUGAGUUUUCAAACUUUCACACAAUUAUGUGCCUGUGGUUAUUAAUUUGAUUUUCAAUGCAAGUAAGUUUUGCAACAUGUAGACACACACAUGUCAGCAGAACUCCAGAUUUAAGUAUCCCUUGGCUACUCUGUAUGUUGACUUAGAAGGUAAUUUGAUCAUGAUCAGUUACCCCCUGUAAUGCAUAGAUGUGCUAAUUUCCAUUUCUUCACAUUGGUGAGAGUUUUGCACCGUGUCAUUUUAUCAAUGAAAAUGCAAAGUAAAAUGUGAAGAUAUGACACCAUUUUUUAUAGGAUUGAUAAUGCAAAAAAACUUAUGGUUACAUGAAUAAUUUCCAUCUUCACUCCUAUUAAUGAUAAACUAACAAAUAGUAAAAUGAAGAAGAUUUAUUUUUGUUUUUAGGAAAACCAACCAGUGAACUUGGCACACCAAUAAAACGCCAAGAGGCUUCAUUUUCUCAAUCAGCAGUCAACAAUGGGCCAAAGAUUUUGCCUCAUAUUACAGCUGGUGGUACAUUACCUGGGGUGCACAAUAAAAUCUCCUUUCCUAUUUUAACGGUCUCACAGAAAAAGCUUCUUCAGCAGCAACAAGAUGAUGGCAAACGAAUUGUGCUCCAGAUUAAGCAUGGCAACUCCACAACUAUGGAAAAGUCUCCUGAUGGUAAAUCCAAGGUUGUCAAUGGGGGUCUAGCACCUGGCUCUGGGCUCGUCCCCUACAAUAGUGACUCAGACUCAGAACAAGAGAAUGCCAGCUGUCAAGGUUCUAAACCUACAACUCCAAACUCUCUAGCUAUAAAAACUAUUCAAGUGGAUGGUAGUUCCACAUCAGCUUCCAUUGCAUCAUCUUCCUGCAAACCAUCAGGAGAUUUCCACCAUCAUCAGGUGCAAGUCAAAAAGAUCAACUUUCCUAUGGCAAGUGGAGAUGCAAAAAAUAUGUCAGAAAAGGCUAACUCAGCACCAAUAAAAGGACAUGCAACUCUUGCAUCCAGUGACCCCCUUCCAUCUACCUCUCAUCAUAAACCAUCUACCUCCAACUCAAGCGUAACUAAAUUAGAGGAGCCACUCAAACAUUCCUCUGAAUUGUCACAAACUAAUAGCUUACAUAAAGACAACCAACACUCUUUUGUGGACACUUCCCAUGCACCAGGUAAGGGAAGCCUUGUCACUAUGGAGCUACCUGUUGUUAAUGUUUCGUCCUCUACAACAAGCAACUGUGCUAAAGUCAGAGCCACGGGUGGAAACUGGUUGAUUCAGUCCCAGGACUGUGCCCCGAGUCCUCGGGGCUCUUGUUCUAGUUCAAACAGUGUCAAUUCUACGACAGAAUGGACCGUCGAGUCCAAAGGUAAAUAGCAACAUUUAAAUGGGACACUUAAUUGAUUUGAAAUAAACUGAUUUUGGUCUAUUUCUUUUGACCAAGUUAUUUUUGCUACGAAAUUUAAGUCAAUUCCUAAUCCUCUGCUCCGCUCCUUCUUAAUUUUUUUGUAUAUGGUUUGACUUGUUUCUGAAAAAUUAUUGCAUGUUUUUUUCAUUGCUUUAACAUUGCAUUUUUGUUUUGAUAAUAUGAAAGGUCUGCAUUCUGUAUAAAUUUGCUUCAUUUGCUUCAUGUCCAAGGCCAAAUAGACACUUUAACAACUUUCUUUGGCGCAGUGAUCUAACUGCCUAUGAUUAGCUAGUUAAAGUCAAUGUGAAUCUUUUUGCAGAGAAAUACGAUUGACAAUUAUGCCCCCUUACCAUUUUCGUUGAUUUGGAUCUGUUUGUGUUUCUUAAAUUGUCUGAUGGUGAAUGUAUGUCCUGGUUGUAAAUUGAUUUAACUUGACAUUAAAGUAUUUACUCUUUAAAUAUACUAUUAUUUUUAUUAGUUACAUUUUGAUUUGUUGAAAACCUUUCAGCUGUCAGUGUCUGCUGUCACAAAUAUUUAUUAUUUUCAUUUGCUAAACGGAGGAAAACUCUUCACUAAAAAGUAAUAACAUAUUAUUUACUUCAAAUCUUCAUUAUUUUUUUCAUUGACUAUUUUUGUAUUGCUAUUUGUAUCGACACUAAAUAUUAACAUAACAUCUAGAGUAAUGUUAUGAAGAUUUAAUUUUAAUAAAAUGUUUUAAAAUAUUACAGAAAUGUCAUUUGGUGCGAGACAUGGGGAUAAUGGAUUGGUCAAGCCUGUGUUUAUGACGACUGAUUUAAAUAUUCUAGAGACAGUCAACCAAAGUAAAGACAUUAUGGGAAAGAAAUUAACUGGCAAUUUAGACUCCAAAUCAUGCAAAAAAGAUUCAACCACAAAAGGAGGUAUAUCUCUACCACUUCCUGACAAGCUGCAUAGCUCUUCCUCCAGCAGCUCUCAAGCCAGUCAUGUGGGAUCAAAGAAAAAGAAACACAAGAAAAAAAGCAGAAAAUCUCACUAUGAUGAUGAUGAUGAUGACAUGAAGAAGAGAGGAGAUUAUCCUAAGAAAAAGAAAAAGCACAAGAAAAAAGAAAAAAACAAAGAAAGGAGAGAUGCUGAAAACUCUGCUAGUGACUCUGAGGGGUUCAAAAGGCACAAAAAGCAUAAACAUUUACAUAGUAGCUCCAGUAGUUAUAGCAGCAGUGAUGAUGGCAAGAAAAAAUCUUCUUACAAAGAAAGUGAAAGUGAGGAUGGCUAUGAAUGGGUCGAAAAAACAAAAGAGACAGCAGGUGUAAUCAAUGCGGUCAAAAGUAGUUUUAAAGGUAAGAAUAUUAGUCUAUAAACUUUCUAAAAAAGAUUGUCUUUUAAAAAAAAAAAAAAAAAAUCCUUUACAAUGAAAUAACACGGACAUUGACCCAUAAGCUUGUAUGAACAUGAAAUACAACAACUCUGAUUCAAUAAUUAUGGAAAUCAAUAGCAAUAAACACACCAAGCAAUAUCAUUUGGUUUAAGAUACCUUUUAUGCCUUAUGUUAUUUGAAUAUUUUUUUUCCCCUAGCAUCUGUCCAGUCAUGGGACCAUCAUAUCAAAGACGACCUUGCUACUAAGAAAGACUCUCACAGUGUGAAAUUAAAAUCUAACUGGGAUGGAACACGUGUUCCAAAAUUAGCAGCAAAUUUGGAAGGCAGCAGCUUUACUUUUGGAAGCAAUGGUCAUUAAAAGUUUAUGCUUUUCCUUUAAUAUAUUUGGGAUGGAAUUUUGAAACCAAAAGUUAUUUUACCAUGCAGGUCGUUAACUUUAUUAUGUGCUGUCUUUAGAUGUUUUUUUUUAGGAGAAAAAAAUUUGAGCUUUGUUUUGUCUUUUUCAAUCUUAAAGUAUUGUCAUGGGAAGGUGGCAAAAAUAACCUUGACAGUGAGGACAGAAGCAACAAAAGUAAAAAGAGACAUUGGUCUGACUUAUAUAACCAGGAAAUUGAUGCAGGAAAGGUAAGGUUUCAUUUUACAUUUGGAGUCAAAAUGAAAGUAAUUUUUUUUAUUUUGCUGAGAGUUACAGAUCAAAAUCUUCUUAAUUUAUUUAAAGAAUUAAAUGUUCAUUGAAUAUCUCCUAUGAUGAAAAAAUGCUUUUCCAAUAAAAAAAAUUUCAAUUAAGGGUAGAUUUUUAAUAACCAUAAAAUAAGCACCAGUAUCAUUUAUUUUUCAUCUUUUAUUUUUCUUGUGGAAAAAUAAAACAAAAGCUUUCACUUAUUAUAUGGCUUCUUUCAGACAAAGAAAGUUAAAAAAGUGUUUGACAACACUUUCCCAACAAGCAACCCAUUUCAGGAUUACCACUCAGAUAAGGUCAGUAUUAAAGGGGUUAAAUAUAGGGUUAAAUCAUUUAUUAUAUUUAAAACUUUAAAUGCCCAUGACAUUUUAAGGAAGUCAUGCAGUUUUUGUUGCACAUAAUCGCAAUGAGGAUUCACUUAUUCUGAAAACUUUCUCAUUUUGAGAAAAUAAAUGAUCCAUUGGAAAAUAUAAGGAAAGAUUGCAUGCAAAGGUGAACGCUAAAAGCUGAUUUGACAGAAAUAUUUGUGUCAAAUAUGAGAUAAGCCCAAUGCCGUUCAGCUUGGGGGAAAAAAUCUUAAUAUUAGGAUUGCAUGACAGAGAUUGAAAGAGAGAGAGAGAUGUAUAUGCUCCCACCUCCUAUUCGGCCCACCUCUUUUUCCAUCCACAUAAAUUAACUAUUACUCUGUCAUUUUUUGUGGUAUGAUGGAGUUUUUUUUACUGGAAUUUUUAUGUAAGAAUAGGAACAGACCUAGUUACUCUAUGAUUUUGGUGUACAAUGUAUGAUUUUGAGAUGUCAUUUAUGAUUGUACACCAAGUACUGCCGGCACUGCGAUCUUAAGAGACCGGUUUGAAAAAAUAUAUUCCGGUAAUUUUUAUGGUUUUAAAAAGAGUACAGUUUCAGUAGUACGUUUAAGUUCCUUUUUAAUUUCAGGUGUGGGGGGGGGGGGGAGAUCUCUAAAUAUUUUUGAAACUGAAAAUAAAUAUAUAAAUGUCAGUCAUCCUUUUUAUAUAAAAAUAUAUUUCGGUAAUUUUUUUGUUUUUAAAAAGAGUACAGGUUUAGUAGUACGUUUAAGUUCCUUUUUAAUUUCAGGUGUGGGGGGGGGGGGAGAUCUCUAAAUAUUUUUGAAACUGAAAAUAAAUAUAUAAAUGUCAGUCAUCCUUUUUAUACAUGCAAUGUGAAUAGUUAUUGUAGACAUCAUCCUGUAGGUUUAUUUAUUUACUAUUACAAAAAGCAUUGUAGGCAUUGGAGAUGGUGAAGUACUAAUCUGAAACAAUAUUGUAAUAUUUGGGAAUUCAAGGGUAACCAGGUCUGCUGUUUAAAAAUAACAGUUGUGAUUUAGAAUCACGAAGGUUCAAUUUUGAUAAGUUAAGGCUUACCAUUAUGUCUUGCUUACAAAGUUAGCUAAUCAUCUGUUGUUUUUUUUUUUAAAAUUGUAUGUUUUCCUAGGCCAGGGACUCAGCUACUUCAUGGAAACAAGAUCACAGCUAUCACCAGCAUCACAGACGGGAUAGAAACAGCAGCACAUCCUGGACUAAUCACUAAUCACAUUUUAUUUAUAAGAAAUCUUUUAACAACUUAUUGUUUGUUGCAAUAUAAGCCAUGCAAAUAUUUCUCAAUGGGAGUGAAGAGAUUACCAUUAGAUGCAUUUACCUAUGACGGUAGAAAGGGCUAGACCUUGUUAGAGUGAGAUGUACAGUUUCAGAUUGGUAAUGCUAUAACUUUCUAUAGAAUCAACUGUCAACUGUUGUCUGUAUUUUGUUUGUAAUGCAGC